AUGUCGUCGUCCGCCGAAGCGCCGUGCGAGGCGGCGCCGUGGGUGGUGGGAGUGACGGCGCGCGCGCCGAGCAACAUCGCGGUGAUUAAGUACUGGGGAAAGCGCGACGAGGCGCUUGUGCUGCCGCUUAAUGGCAGCGUGAGCGUGACGCUCCACGUGGACCAGCUAGCCGCCGAAACCACCGUCGCCGUCAGCCCGUCGUUCAAUGCGGACCGGCUCUGGCUCAACGGCAAGGUGCGUUCCGUGCAGGUCGUACCUGUUCAUGGCAAGGUGCGUUCCGUGCAGGUCGUACCUGUUCAUGGCAAGGUGCGUUCCCGGUACAGGUCGUACCUGUUCCAUGGCAAGGAGGUGGCGAUGAGCAGCCACCGCUACAGCAACUGCCUGGCUGCCCUGCGUGCACGCGCCUCCUCCACGCACUGGCGCCUGCCCGCUCCAGGGACCACACAGCAGGGCGGGCAGGGAGGGGGCGAGCAGGAGGAGGUGGAGAUAGGAGCGGGGCAGUGGCAGCAGCUGCGGGUGCACGUGGUGUCGGCUAACAACUUCCCCACCGCUGCUGGCCUCGCCUCCUCUGCUGCUGGCUUUGCAUGCCUCGUGUUCGCCCUGGCAGAGCUCAUGGGAGUGAAGGAGGCAUACCCGGGGGAGCUCUCAGCCAUCGCCAGGUGGAGGAGAGGGAACAUUGGCAGCAGCAGCGAGGGCAUGAAACGGUCUGCCCAGACCUCCAAGCUGCUGCAGUUGAGGGGUCAACUGGCAGCCCCUUUUUCCCGCACCCCCCUCCUCCCCUCCUGUACCCCCCUCUCCCCCCUCCUCUCCUGCAUCUCCCCACAUGCACAGGUGGAGGAGAGGGAGAAGGACAUUGGCAGCAGCGAGGGCAUGAAACGGUCCGCCCAGACCUCCAAGCUGCUGCAGCUGCGCGCUGAGCAUGUGGUACCAGAGCGAAUCACAGCAAUGGAGGCAGCCAUAGCAGCGCGCGACUUCCCCUCAUUUGCACGGCUGACCUGUGCGGACAGCAACCAGUUCCACGCCACGUGCCUCGACACGGCGCCGCCCAUCUUCUACCUCAAUGCCACGUCGCGCCGCGUGAUUGGCUUCGUGGAGGAGUUUAAUGCUCAGGGGGAGCAGCCAAGGGUGCGUGCAGAGGGGUGCAGGGGGUGGAGGGUGAUGAAGGGUGGGUGCAGGGGGGCAGCGUACACAUUUGACGCGGGGCCCAACGCGGUCAUGUUUGUGGAGCGCCACAACGCCACGCACUUCCUCUCCGCCUUCCUGCAACGCUUUCCCCCACCACCCCAGCAUCCCACUCUCCAGGAACCAUGUCCCAUCCAUCUCACACCCCUCGUCCCGCCCAUCCACCUCACACCCCUCCUCGUCCCACCAACCCUCACUGACUCUCUCCCUGUGUGCAGCUAUCUCACCGGCGACACCUCUCUUGUCUCCGUGGAAGCGCUUCCCCACGCACAACCACCACCACAACCAUCACCAUCAGAAGCAAGCACGGCAUCAGGCGGCUUCUCCCCACCCCUCAAGUACAUUCUGCUCACCCGCCCAGGCCCCGGCCCCCACAUUGUAUCACGCUCACUUGAGGGCUCUUGGGUCAACCCUUCCACUGGGUUCCCACUUUAG